GGGACAAAGUGCAACCAAGAGCCACUUAAGAGAGAGAGAAGAAAUCAGGUAGCUGGAGAGCAUAACAUCUGUCUUAUAACGAAAGAAAACUGGAUUGUGAACAUAGGAUGUUCCCAAUUGUCCAGCACAAGGAGACAAUUUCCCACGAAACCCUUCUGAAUCACUUCAUGAAAAAUAAGGUGGAGAUAGCAAAUGCAAUAACGAAGCCAUUUCCUUUCCUCGAGAGCCUCAGAGACCGCUCCUUCAUCACGGAGAAAAUGUACAAUGACUCUAAAGAAGCCUGCCAACAGUUGGUCCCUGUAGGGAGAGUGGUCUAUCAUAUUCUCUGCCACCUUGAGAAGACAUUCCAUCAGUCACUUCUACAAACGCUGUUCAGCAGGGUUCAUCUGAAGGAGUACCCUGAUUUAAUUCAGAUUCAGAAAAGCUUCAGAAAUGUGAUCCAAGACAAAUAUUUUUCCUGGAAAAGUGAUAGAGAAGAGACAUGCAAAAUGACCAGCACUCAGCCAAGCUGCGAGCGAGGGGCAGAGCUAUCCACAUACGAAAACCGAGUAGAGUCUUGUGCUGCGGGUCUGGUGGACAUGCAGAAGACAAUUUCAUUGCGUCAUCCCCAAAUGCACCAAGCGGGCCAGCAAGCAAGGCCAGCAAGUGACCAAGCCCCUGAAAUAAUCGAGAUCAGCAGCAAAUCCUGUGGGCAGGAAGCCCCCCCGGGAGCCCAGGGCUCAGCACCAAGAUGUGGGCCUGGCGAGGAGAGUGAGGACUGCCAGCCGGGGGCUGCAGAGGCUCAGCUGUCUGGAUGCAGAGUUCCUGUUUCUUGACGUGUUUCACUUGGAGCGCACUCCACUGCCAGGGUACCCCGAGCCCAAGAACCGUCCUGGGGACUGUGGGAGGCAACGCUCCCUUUAUGGAGCAUGUGUGUUCAUCCAGUGACAUCAGAGUAGAAACAAGCUAGCAUGCCCAUCGUGAUAUAAUAAAAAAUAUGUAUUUGGCCUGUCUCUAGUUCCUGGCACAGAGCUUCGAAAAUCCUUAGAUUUGCCCGAGUGAUAAUGGUGCCAUUUUUUGGUGAGUUCUCUCUCUCAUUUUCCUUUUUUGCUCAAUCCUCCCACCCCCGCCAGAGCUGAAUAGCAACUUUACAAAUCCAACCAGCCCUGCCCAGUGUGGUUCAGUUGGUUGGAGCAUUGUCCUAUACACCAGAAGGUGGUGAGUUCGAUUCCCGGUCAG